ACUCACAGGCAGCAACUAGCUGCCCUUUAUAAACGUUGCUGAAGCCUUGCAUACUUCCUCACUGUGCUAGUUUCUCAGAAAAGAUGAAGCUCAUUUACAUGAUUUUGUUCAAAGCAGCUCUGCUGUUUUGUGUAAAGGGAUCUGCUGUGACAGAAGAUAGCACAGAAAGUGUUGGAGAAGAAAAGCUUAUUGAGGCAUGUUCCAUAAAGCUGAAAAACAGUGGGAAAUGUGAUGGAGAGGAAUGCCCCUAUCAGAUCAACUUGCCUCCAAUGACCCUCCAGCUACCCAAAAACCUUCGACUGAUUGAAAAGACCCUUAAAGAAGUGCAGAACCUUAAGGAAGUUGUAAACAAGUUGAAGAAAUCUUGCCAAGACUGCAAGCUGCAAGCAGACGACAAUCAAGAAAGAGAUAGCAAUGAGUUCUUGCCACCUGGCACAGAUGGUCCAACAGACCAAGGCAAAGUACAAGAUAACAAAGUCAAAGAAUUGCAGGGUAAGGUUUCCAAACUCUCAGUCAGUCUGAAGAAUGCAAAGAACGAGAUCCGCUCUUUACAGGGCAGGCUGGAGCAGAUGAACUUGAUAAACAUGAACAAUGUGGAAAACUAUGUUGACAACAGAAUAGCCAAUCUGACAUUUGCCGUGAACGUUUUGGGAGACAAAUGCUCUUCAAACUGUCCAGCCACACAACCAAAUCCAGUUAUACAGCUCCUACAAGGCGAUUGUUCCAAUUACUUUGCAGCAGGCAAACGGCAUAAUGGAAUUUACAAAAUUACUCCAGAUCCCAGAAAUGAGAGCUUUGAUGCCUAUUGUGACAUGGAAUCAAUGGGAGGCGGAUGGACAGUGAUCCAGAUGCGUCAAGAUGGCAGCACUAACUUUAACAGAACAUGGAAUGAAUAUAAGAACGGCUUUGGAAACCUCAGCAGAGAGUUCUGGCUAGGGAAUGACAAAAUUCACCUUCUGACCAAAAGCAAAGAUAUGCAGUUGAGGAUUGAGCUUGAAGAUUUCAACGGAAUCAGAGAAUAUGCAAAGUAUGAGCAGUUCUAUGUAGCCAAUGAAUUUCUCAAAUACCGUUUAAGCAUUGGCAGCUACAGUGGCACAGCUGGUGACGCCCUGCACUUCAACAAAUAUUACAACCAUGAUCAAAAGUUCUUCACCACCCCUGACAAAGACAAUGACAGGUAUCCAUCUGGAAACUGUGGAGCAUACUAUAGCUCUGGAUGGUGGUUUGAUGCAUGUUUGGCUGCUAACCUAAAUGGCAAAUAUUACCAUAAAAAAUACAAGGGGGUUCGCAAUGGGAUUUUCUGGGGCACUUGGCCUGGAGCUUCUGAAGAUAAUAUAAAUAGUUACAGACUGCCUUUUAAAAAGGUUAAAAUGAUGAUCAAGCCCAAAAGCUUUUUGCCAUGAAUCAAUUAAAAAAACAACAACCACGUAUUGGCGCCCCUUCCUCCCAGUAUAUCUUUCUGUAAAAAUUCUGACUGUAUAGGCAGCAAUUUCUAUUUUUGUAGCAAAUAAAGGCUAAAAUCCUCAA